AUGUGCGGCAUCUUCGGCUAUAUUAAUUACAAAGUACCCAUGACCGUUCGCCAAAUCAUCGACACCAUGUUGUUGGGGCUUAAAAAGGUGGAAUACCGCGGUUACGACAGCGCGGGUCUUUGCCUCGAUCGCCUCUCCGCCUCUCCAAGUGAGCAGGGGAACGAUAGGAAUGCGAACAAAGAACCAUUGGUGAUUCGCAGCGUGGGGAAUAUCGAUGCGCUGCGGGAGAAGGUCUUUGCGGAUCCUGCCCUCUCCAAGGGGAAUUUGGAUGUUAUUGUCGAUCAUCACGUCGGAAUUGCCCACACGCGAUGGGCGACGCAUGGAGAGGUGUGCGAGAAGAACUGCCACCCCCAGCAAAGCAACGACGGUGCUUUUAGCGUCGUGCAUAACGGGAUGAUGACGAACCACAUGACGAUCAAAAAGAUGAUUUUGAAAGAGAACGGCUACACGUUUAGCAGUAACACCGAUACGGAGGUGAUCGCGGUGCUUGCGGAGUACCUUUAUACCAAAAAAGGCAUUCACGACUUUGCGCAGCUGACCUUUCACCUCACCCAUCUCAUUGAAGGCGCUUACGCGUUGUUGAUUCGGAGCACGCACUUUCCCGGUGAGCUCAUGGCCUGCCGUCGAGGAUCUCCCCUCGUGAUCGGCAUUCGAGAAGUAGCAGAAGACGGAAAGGUGAAGGAAAAGCGCUGGAGCUUUAACUCCGACGGUAAAAAAUCCAUGGAGAUUUUCUUCGCCUCCGACAGCAACUCCUUCGCGGAGAGCACGCGGAAUGUGGUGUAUCUUGAGGAUGGUGAUAUCGCGUAUUACAAGGAUGGCGUGAUUAGCUUUUACAGCACAAUGGAGAUGAGUCAGUUCGCGAAGGAGGCCGAGGUUUCCCGCGUGAUGCAGCAGCUCGAUGUCGUGCUUGAGAACCUGACCAAAGGUCAAUACCCCCAUUUCAUGCUCAAGGAGAUCUACGAGCAGGCGGAGUCGACGGAGCGCUCGAUGCGAGGGCGAGUGAACUUCGUUACCGGGCGGUUUUCCUUCGGUGGGUUUGACGAGCGCAACGUGCGGAGCGUGUUGGAUUCGCAGCGAAUCCUCCUGAUCGCGUGCGGGACCUCCUUGCAUAGCUGCAUGGCGGUUCGUCCGCUGUUUGAGGAGUUGUUGCGGAUCCCUGUGGGGUUGGAAAACGCGUCUGAUUUUGUGGAUCGCGCGCCGGUGAUUCGGCGAUACGACACCUGUGUGUUUAUCUCGCAAUCCGGCGAAACGGCGGAUGUGUUGAUGGCUCUGGAGGCCUGCCGUGCGGCCGGGGCCAUUUGUGUGGGGAUCACCAACGUCGUUGGAUCCUCGGUGAGUCGUCUGACGGAUUUUGGGGUUCAUCUGAACGCGGGAAUGGAGGUGGGGGUGGCCUCGACGAAGGCCUACACCUCCCAAGUGGUCGUUCUCACCCUUUUGGCGCUGCUGCUCUCCAAAGACUCCCUUCCUCUCCGAGAACGGCGGGAGGAAAUCAUCCAAGGGCUGUCGGAACUCCCCGCGAAGAUCACGCAAACCCUCCAAGCCGUCGAGGCCCCGAUCUCGGAGAUCGCGACGCUUCUUAAGGACGAAACCUCGCUUCUUGUGCUCGGACGAGGGUACGACUGCGCGACCGCGAUGGAAGCCGCGCUGAAGCUGAAAGAAACGACCUACAUCCACACGGAAGGGAUCAGCUUUGGCGAACUCAAGCACGGAUCGCUCGCUCUGAUCGAUCGAAACAAGCGAAUCCUCGCCAUCUGCUCUAAGGAUAAGUAUUUCGAGAAGUGCAAGACAGCCAUUCAACAGGUGAGCGCGCGCGAGGGGAGGAUUUUGACGAUCACGAAUGCGGAAGACACCGAGCUCUCGGCGGCGUGUGAGAAGUUGAUUUACGUUCCCAUGAUUGUGGAUUGCUUGCAGGUAAUUCUCAAUGUGAUCCCAUUCCAGCUGUUAUCGUACAAAAUCGCGGUGCUUCGCGGAAAUAAUGUGGACUGCCCGAGGAACUUGGCGAAAUGCGUGACCGUGCAAUGA